UAGAUCAGCAGAGAUCACCAACUCAGCUCGUCGUCACUCUGCUACACCCUUCACUACUGUCCCGUCCGUCGGUUCCAAUUCGUCCCCACCCACCACCACCACCACCCCACUGCUGAUAGAUAGCUCAGCCAGCUCCUCUCUUCCUCCUCCAGCUCAUCUCAUCCGCCCGGGCCACCUCGCUCCCAUCCCAUCCGUCCCAACCAACCACAGCCAGCAAGCAGAUCAGAGGAAUGGCGGCGACGCGGCUGGCGCUUGCCCUCCUGCUGGCGGCGGCGGUGGCUGCGUCGCAGCUGCCGGCGGCGGCGGUGGCGGCCAACUACACGGUGGGCGACGAGAAGGGGUGGAACCCGGACGUGGACUACACGGCCUGGGUGAAGAAGCACAAGCCCUUCUACAAGGGAGACUGGCUCAUCUUCCAGUACCAGAACGGUCGGUCGGACGUGGUGCAGGUGGACGAGGUCGGGUACGACAACUGCGACAAGGCCAACGCGCUGAGCAGCUACAGCAAGGGCAGCACCUACGCCUUCCAGCUCAAGGAGGCCAAAGACUACUACUUUAUCUGCAGCUAUGGCUACUGCUACCACGGCAUGAAGGUCCAUGUCACCGCCAAGUCCUCCGGAUCCGGCUCUUCCUCCUCCGGAUCCGGCUCCGGCUCCGGCUCCUCUUCCGGUGACGAUUCCUCUGACUCCUCUGAUGACGACUCCUCCUCCGAUGACUCGCCCUCUCCGCCCGCCAAGAAGUCCAAGGCCAAGUCCUCCAGCGCCGCCGCGCCACCGCCGUCGCUCCUCGCCGCCACGCCCCGCGCCGCCGCCAUUACCGCCGCCGUGGCUCUGCUCCUCAACAGGAUGCUCUGAUCUGAUCUGAGGAGUGGUCAGUCGGUUCAGCUGGCUCCAGAUCUUCUGUGCUGAUGAGUUUGUGGUGCUACACCUACACUACAGUUUUCUUCUUCUUUAUUUGUAGGUUUCUAUUAAUUUUUUCCUUGAGAUCGAUGAUCUCUACUACUACUAGUAGUUUUUUUCCUGCUUCUUGAAUUGAUUGCGUGAUUAUUGGUUGGUUCUUGCUUCCAUCUCUCUCUCUUGCUUCUGUCGUAGUCCAGUUCAGUUUGUUGAUGCAGUUUGCAGACCAGAUGAUGAUUAAUUAGUAUAAUGUCAAGUGUGAAUGAAGUGCUC